UCUUUCAGAUGUUUCUGAAAACCCCUUCGGUCAUCCUUUCUUAAAGCUAACGACGGCAGGGACUCGCCACGAGUCUGAACGAGGGGCGUCUCCGGCCAAACGCCGUCGUCAAGUCCCUCACUCUACCGGCCGGUCGACGUCCCUCUGGCGAAAAAUACCGAAAGGUGGUGGUGGUUGGCAAAGUUGGGCGGCGCCGCUCUCUGGGGGCAUCCACCACCCUCCGCAUUCGCAUCUCUCUGUGGUCAACCACUUUCUUAGAUUGGUUCCAUGUUGUGUUGAAUGCCCGCAGGACUGGUCUUUGGUUGAUGAGAAGGGAGUUGACAGUGGAAGAAAUGGAACCAAGCAUCACAGGUAAUGCAUUUGAUCCAGCUAAAUGCAGUGAGAUGAGUCUAGAGGAGAAGAGGCAAUUCGUGUAUGAGAUCUCACAGAGUUCAGAAAGUGCACUGGACCUUCUUCAGUCUUGGACACGUCGAGAACUUCUGCAACUCAUCUGUGCGGAAAUGGGCAAGGAGAGGAAAUAUACAGGUGUAAAAAAGACUAAAAUGAUCGAACUUCUUAUCAAACUAGUUUCUGAGAAGAAGGCAGGAAACUCUACUGCUGAUCAAGUUUGUAUAUCCCCACCCUCAUCAGAUAGCAGUCCAAGGAGCUCAAAAAAGCAAAGGAAAAAGGAUCGUCCGCUACAAGUACCUGUCGAUUCAAGCCAUACAUCAAUGAUGAACUAUAAGCCAGAAAAUGUUGAUGUGGUUCUAUGUCAGAACUUAGUAUGCAAAGCUAAUAUGAAGCCAGAUGAUGCUUUCUGUAAGAGGUGUUCGUGCUGCAUUUGUUACCGUUAUGAUGACAACAAGGAUCCUAGUCUUUGGUUAGUUUGUGGUUCUGAUACUCCUAAUCAGGAGGAUUCUUGUGGAAUGUCGUACCAUCUUGAAUGUGUUUUCAAGCAUGACAAAGCAGGUCUAUCUAAGAAUGGACGGCAGCCCAGACUGGAUGGCGGUUUUUAUUGUGUAUCAUGUGGUAAAGUGAAUGGUCUCCUCAGAUGUUGGCGGAAACAGAUACUAAUUGCAAAGGAUGCUAGAAGAGUAGAUGCACUCUGUUACCGGAUAGCGUUAUGCCAAAAAAUUCUGAAAGGAACUAAGAGAUACAGGGGACUUAAUGAAAUUGUUAAUGUGGCUGCAAAGAAACUGAAGGAAGAGGUCGGUCCUCUGCACCAGGUAUCUUUGAAAAUGGCCCGUGGUAUAGUAAAUAGACUCUCAUGUGGUGCUGAAGUUCAAAAGCUCUGCUCUUUCGCAAUAGAAGCUGUUGAUUGCAUGCUGCAAGCACAUUUGGAUCGACCAGUCAUUUAUCCAACUUUCCCAGAAAGAACUACUACCACUGCUUUCCUUGUCCGCUUUGAAGACAUCUCACCAACAAGAAUCAUGGUGAUAUUAGAACUUGAGGACAAGACAUCAUCGGUUGAUAUCACUGGUUGCAAAUUGUGGUAUCGGAGCGCUGCUCUUGCAAGUUAUCCAGAAGAACCCAUGUGUAUUUUCCUGCAUGGUGAAGCCAAAUUUUUGGUCUCUGACCUAGAUCCUUCAACUGAAUAUGUUUUCAAGGUCGCUCCUUUCCGUGAUUCUACAGAGCUUGGAGAAUUGGAAGCUAGGUGGGUAACUACAGAAAUCUCAAGCGUUCACAAAAAUACAUCGACCAGCCAUGGCACUGACAUUGAUAAAGUAAACUGUGGUUCCACUCUAGAAGAGGAAAUCGUGAACGGUGAGCAUGCUUCCCUCAUCCAGGCAGAAUCACAGAGGGACUCCAAUUCCAGUGAAGACAACCAAGCCUCCAAAGUUCCUAAGACAGGCCAUGGGACGCACUCGAAGAUUCACUCUUCAUAUGAAGUCAGUGACAAAAAUGGAUGUGAUAUGCCCUUGGCGAUGGAGAUUGUGCCUCUCACUUGCUCAAAUGCGAUGGCAAUCACAGACACUCCAUGCAAGCCAGACACCACCAAAGAACCGCCAAAAUCUAACAAGCAAGUUACAGAAGGACAGUAUGAGCAUUGUGUCAAGGUGGUCAGGUGGCUGGAAUGUGAAGGGCAUAUGGAUAAGGAGUUCCGAGUGAAGUUCUUGACAUGGUUCAGCCUGAAAGCUACUAUGCAGGAGAGGAGGGUGGUCAGUGUUUUUGUAGAUACACUGAUUGAUGAUCCGGCUAGCUUGGCCGGGCAACUAAUCGACGCAUUCUCGGAUAGAAUUUGCAGCAAAAGCCCACCAGUUGCUCGACCUGGAUUCUGUGCCCGACUUUGGCAUUGACCACACCUUUGUGUUCCACAUAAGUUGGCAAAUAAGUGCCGCCUCUGCCAGGUUCACAGAGCGUCAUACAUCAACAGCCGGAAGUUCGCCUGCGUCCAACCUUGAUGGCUUGGGAUUGAUGCCAUUUCUUCUUCUUACGGAAAUGCAUUUAUUGUUUAUUGUUGUUUGCUUGAUGACUUCUGUAUUUGGUCUUAGGCCUCUCUUUCAUUUUUCUGGGGGAAAAAAAUGCUAAGCCCGGUUACUGUAGAUAUAGACACAGGCUGUUGCUCAGGCCAAGGAUAUAGUGCUACGACCUGAGCGGGAACCUUUGUACUAUAUGUACAACCAUUGAGCUCGAACACUAAUUUUAUAAAGUUUAACUGAA